GGGGGCUUGGAAAGGGGGUACCAUUCCCCUAGUGCGCAUGCCCUUACGGCCAUGUAUAGAAGUCCGCUUCCAUCAUUCUUUCGCUCGCUUUUUUGCCGCGUUUGUGGGGCGCUCGCCCCAGGCUUUUUGGACAAUUUAUAGCAAUCUAAAAAAGCGAUUGAUAUAAAAUCAAAAAGUAGGACGUCGAGUACGCCUUUUAUUGUUACAAAUCACUUAAUAAAAAAAAUACUUAUUUUUCUCGAAAAUGACCAAAAAAAUAUUUAUUUUUCUCGCAAAUGACCAAAAUGUGCUAAAGAAAAAGAAUAACGAUUGACUAUGCACGCGCACCCUUUAAGUUAUAAAUCCCAUGUAUGUAGUGAAUGAUCACCGGGGGAAAAGCCGCAUUCCCAGGUUGCCAUUUUUGUAAGAAAAAGCACAUUAAAAAACGCAUGAUUUCCAUUAAACACAAACUAAGUAUUAGAUCCAUAGCAAAGAAGUAAACCUGUCUAAAAUCACUUGAAUUAGAGCUCGAAGAUGAUUUUGUCAUCACCAACGUCCCAAAGAACUAAAAUAUAUAUCGUUUCAAGAGCGAUGUUUUGUUUUAUCCAAGAUCAUCCCGGUGGUAGCUGCUACCCUUUAUUUAAGAAAUCAAAAAGCACUGAUGACGCGGAUCGAGGAUGAGAGGGAACAAGAGACGGCACGAAAAGAAAAAGUGAACAAGUACUUGGCCGAUCAUCUUAUCAGUGAUGCAACGUCUAAGAAAGGUGAACAAAAUGGCGCAUUAUCUUGUCAGUGGUACCAUUUCAAAGGUCGGUUUGGUUUGCGAGACGUAGACAUUCAUAGAUACUCUGUGUAUUUUACAUACGUACCUACGGACGGAAAGUUAUUUAUCGAUCACAAUCUCAGGCUGUGGCGAAACUUUGCAAAGAUGACUUGGAGAGGAAAACUAAAUGACGUGCACAAAAAAAUCGAUGAUAUGCAAAUGGGGAAGAACGAAGCUCUUUCUCAAAUUGAAGAGACGUUGAAAAGCAACGCAGAAAAAGAGAGAAUCAUUGGAGAACUCAGAGAAAAACUAAAGGAUGCAGAACCUACAUGUCCUCGAAUGUGCUCCAAAGAGAUUCAGACCAACAACCAACCUGCAAGCAACAACAAAGGAAGUCAGUGUCAGGACUUCCAUGAUCUUCCGGUGCGAACCUGUGAAGUCUGUACAGUGCACACUGUCGGUCUGGUAAAGUCUGCACUGUGCGAGAUGUCUGCUGUCUAGUGAAAUCUGCACUGUGCGCGCUGUCGGAUUGGUGAGUAGUACACGGAUUAAGAGUGCAGUUCAUAAAGCUUAAGAAGCCAGUCGUGUUCCACGCUAGAACCAAGGACUCAGACACACCACGAAUUUCAAAUAUCACAGCAACACAUGCAAAGGGUGCGAAUAGAACGACCAUCACUACAAGCACGUAGAACAAACAUUUGACUGACUUUUUAAUGCGCGUCAGAUUCGACCCGUUUUCCGCCGAUGGCAUAGUUUGGUUGAUCUUCAACUGAUGGUACCUGAUAAAUUUGUAGAUCUUAUAAUAACAGAAUGUCAUGGUAGCAAGACAAAGUGAUAUCAAUGUGACUGCCGCUUUAUGGUAUGCUUGUACCCCCAAAAGGCCACAUUCCUGCACACACGAUCGACACUCGCUUGGUGGUGACGAUGGAGUUAUAGCCCUGGUGUAGAUAUAAAGCCAGGUAUCUGUCGAUACUUGCCGCUGUGAUCGUUAGUAUCGAGACUCCUUGAAAUACAGCACUUGUGAUCAUUUGGCCAUGCGACAAGUGCUUUGCACAUCCGUGCAAAGGAACUCGCAUAACUUCCAGGCGUAACAUACUGGCUGAACGAUAACGAUUGUUUCAAGAUCAGAAACCGCCAAAUUAAACAGAAACAAGUUGGAAGUGGUCUGAAGUUAGUUAACCCUGGCUAUAGUAAUUAAGAUGAUGAUAUUGAAGACCAAUAAAGGCAAGGUCAGUGUUGUGUAAACUGCUAUCAACCAGUAUGUGCUGGUCUGUAGAUGGACUCGCCCACCCAGGGAAGCUAUCGCAGGAAAGUUUAGGGACAUCUGAGUAAUAUAUGUCAUAAAUCGACCCUUUCUUCUUAUUUACAAUUAAAAAUACGAUUUACUUGCA